AUGGUGAAGCAUGACUUGUCAGAGUUUGUUUCCACCAUUCAUCAUGAUACAUCUGCCGUAGUGGCUGAUACGGCUACAGCUGUUAAAGAAAGUCUGAAGGUAAUGUAUACAAACCGUAAAAGUAUUGAACCCUUUAUUCCCCAAAAUCACCCAAAAACAAUGAACCAAGGAGUAAGUGGAAUAUGAAUUUAAGGAGGAGGAAGGCUGGGGGUGCUUUGUGAUUUUCUAUUUUGGCCUUUUAUUUUGCCAUUUUUUAGAUAGAUUUUUCUCUUUUUGCUCUUGGAAUCUGGAGUUGUCACUUUUACAGUUUUCAGACCUGCGAAAAUUUUCCCAGAUCCUGAGAAAUCAUUAGAAAUAGGAAGGAUUCUUUCCUGUACUGAUCAUGAUUACUUCAAUUUGGCAAAAAGAUCACAAAAUAAUAUAAUUCAACCAAAUGAAAUUAUUAUUUUGAAUGCCCGUGUCACUAGUUGAAAAAGUUUUUGAGGGCUACAUCUGAAUAUGGUUGUUGUAUGUCCUUCAUGAAUGUUGUUGAAUUAUCUUUGUUAGGUAGAAGAGGAGGAAUCAGAAGGGACAUCAGCUCGUGUUAAACAAGGUACAGAAUAUGACCAGAAAAAAACAAACCAAAAUUCAAAGCAAAACAACAACAGCUACAUAAACAAUGUACAGACAGUCAUAGACAGUCAUUUAGAGCUGUGUUACGUGUUAUGCCAAGAUAUCAUGUGAUUGUAUCAUGUGACUUUGUUGCUUGGCCCAGAUUUUUGUAUGUUGAGGACAGUUUCACAUAACUGUUUUAUUACUAUGGCUGAAUAAUCUAUCCUGGCCUUAUAGGUGUGUCCAAAUUUCUUGGGACCUUGUCCAAUAGCUUGAGGGAGAACAUUUCUCAUGUAACUGCCGCUGCUGCAGUCACUUCCGAUGGUCCUGAACCAGUCUUUGACAGAAUGCAGGUAUUUGUUGAAUCUGGGGUCCUUCAAUUCCAAUUUUUACAUUUUUUAAAGUUCUUUAUUUGGUAUUUGUCUUUCCCUGGUACAGACUGUCAUAGCUAUUGUCCAUCACUUGAAUUGCUGCAUGCAAGAUCUUUUAGUUAAAGUUAGUGAAUAGUUUACAUUCAUAUACAAGCUAACCUAUGCUUAAUGAUAAGAUAAGUUAUCGGUCAAAAUAUUCCGCAUAAGGGAUAAGAAAAUUUACUUGAACCUUAAGCUGAGUAGACUUGCUGGAAGAGGGGAUAUAAAUAUUCAAAUGCAUAGAGAAUUUCCCUGGGAACAGCUAUGGCCAGAAGAGCGUGCUAUGUGGGAGCAUGCAGCUAUCCAAUGAUUCAUUUGUCAUACAGUGGCUUUUCAUCAAUGAGUAUAGUUUGUUGAUUAUCUGCAGAAACAUUUUUUUGAUGAGUGCAGUGAUCAGUGAUAAUAAUGUAACAAUUGUCAUUGUGAAAGACAGUCUUCUGUACUGUGUUAUGACUGCUUUCCAUAUAUGGUAAGUGCUACAGUUGCUAUGAUAUUCUGUCUAGAGUGCUGGACCUGGAAACUGCUGAGACUUUACUUGGUUAAACACUUACAUCCCUGACUCCCAGGCACUUAAGAUCCUCUUGGUCUCUCCUUCCAAUAAAUAACCUUUAAACCAGUUGCAAUAUUAUUAGUACCUUUGAAUUUCACAUGAAUGCACAGUUACAGUUUAUGCAUUCUGUUUUUUAAUUUAUAAUAGAAAGUGGGGAAAAUCUUCAAAAGCCUUUACUGUAAUUGUAGUGCCUAAUCAUUUCAUGAAAAUCAAUUUUUUCAAAGGCACGACUUCAUGAAAUUCAGACAGAUCCAUCCACAUUUUGCUCAGAGCCAGAUGGUAUGAAGUGAAAUCUGAUUCCUUUAUACAAUUUAAUAAUAGUAAUCUUGUGAUAAGCAGCUUUUUUUCUUUAUAUACUAUUUUGUACUUUACUGUUUUGAUCAUCUACAGGUGUAUAAACGUAUUGUAGCAGUACUGAUCUUUGGGCAUAUUGCGGCAUUCACACUUGCCUUAUUUCAUGCAUUUAAUCAGAAAUAAAUUGUAAGAUUUGCUGAUUAAGCUUUAUUCUAUGGCAUUAGGUCAUUUUGGAAUGUAUGAGGAGUGGUGCAAAACAUUUGACCCAGAACAGCACAAGGGGGAAAUAUCUGAGCUGCUUGUGAAUGUGCCUGAAAUAAGGGCCCUCUAUGCAAAACUGGUAUGUCUGACAUUAUUUUAUUUCCUUUGUUAAGACUUUUGUGGAAGCAAGGGAACAUACAGUAGUUGGGAGUCACUGAUUCAACAUCUUGUGCAAGCAAUUUGCUAGAGUAGUUGGCACCAUAAAUUCCUUUGUAAAUUGCAAAUCCUUACGGAUAAACUCUGAACAAGAACAGUAAUAAAAUGCUAUUUCAAUAUGGCUAAAAAGUUAAAAGAAACAACCAAGUGUUUCAUAGUAGCUGGGGAAAAUUCCUGGCCUACAGCCCUGAGUUACAGCCCGGGCUCUAGUCAUUUAAAAGAUGGAUUGUGCUAGCCACUGCAUAAAUUACUGUCCAGCGGAUAAUGCAGUUGGUUUUCCUAAUACUUAUUGACUGGACAGCAAUUUUUCUAGUGGAUAGCGCUAUCCAGCUUUUGAACAGCUGGGGCCAGUGUUGUAGCACUGCUAACUGUGAUCUGUAGCAACUGACUAUUGACUUGAUCAUUUGACGUUAAAGUGUUCACAAAUGUAGGUCAGAAGCUAUUUUGUUUUCCAGGUUCCUAGCGCUGUCAGUCAUAUCCUGUUUUGGCAGAGAUAUUUUUACAGAGUUCAUCAGCUUGAACAGGUGUGGUAUUAACUUUUGUUCCUGUAUGCUUGCCCAAGUUAUCAAAACAAAUGAAUUUAAGUGAGUGAAACAUCUACAUUUCACAUUUUUCAGAUGCUGCAGUUAAUGUGAAAUGUACAGUACCGAUUAAAAAUAACUUAAUUCCAGUCUCGUCUCCUUCCAAGAAAAGCGGUGCAUAGAAGUACUUUCAUCGUUAAGUCCAUAACCAUUCCAAAGAUGCUUGAUACUUGAACUUUUUCCACCUUCUCAUGAAAUGACUUGACCAUCUCUUGAGACAAGACUCUCAUCCUGUAAGAGGUUGAAUGUUACUGUAGAGCUGAAUUAAGGCUGCAAAGCAUUUGGGUGAAAGGGAGAGAAGGGAAAGCUUUUGUUUUGUUUUGUUCGUUUGUUUUCCCCUACUUGCUGGCAGGCUAUGCUGAGUUUAUAAUAAUUUUUACUCAAGUCUUGUAAAAUGAGUGUUUAGCUUUUUCAAGUACAGUGUAACUCCGCCCUACGACCACCUCAGUAAUACAGUCACCUUGUUAUUACAGCCACUUUUUUUCAGCCCGGCAAAAUGGCCAUACAUUUUCUUAUAAAAAAACCCUUUAAAGCUGUCACCCGUUAAUACGACCAACGGCCAAAUUUUAAAAUCCUAAACAGUAGACUCUUUUAUGAUUUCACCCUGUUAAUAUGUUCACUCGUUCAAAAUUUAGAAGAUUAAAAUGCCUGUGACAUGUUGAUUUCAUUGACCUAGUAAGCUGAGCCUGUUCUUGUACUGUUUUUAGACUACAGUACGGUUAAAAGGCACAUAUGGUGGCUUAAUAGCCAGUUUCUUAGAAGGGCUUUGUGUUUUACUGAAGGAAAGUUUCACAUACAUGUAGUUUAAUAUACAUUUACUGUAUGCGAUAUUGACUAAAUUCGGGUUGUUUAUUAAGGAAAACAGUUGUUCAGCAAGUGCAAAAGCAAUGUACAGACUCUAUGGUAUGUUUGACAUAUAACAGGCCUCAAUUCAUGAAGUUUGACCGUGCCCAGUAAUACAGCCAAAUUUUUUUGGCCCAUUGGUGACUGUGUUAACGGGGUUCUGCUGUAUUCAUAGAAAAUCAUGCAUGUCUGUCAUGUCGAGGUUAGUGGGACCUACUGUGAUGGGCUAGCAUUUUCCCAGACUUGUACAAUGAACUGUUGCUUGUUUUACAUCAUACCAUUGGUUUGUUCAACAUGCAUUACGAGGUGUCUGCUUUAGAGAGCUCUUAGGACUUACUCAAUAAUAGACUUUUGAUUGAAUGCCCAACAGGAAGAAAAGAAAAGGGCAGCACUUGUUGCAAGGGCAAAUCAAGCAGAGGAUGAAGAACUAGGAUGGGGAGAUGAUGGUUUGUACAGUUAGCACAAGAAAAAGGGAUAAGUUUGUUCUUCUUGUGCUUGUGCUUAUGCUUAUGUCGUAGCUUUGACUGGUGAAAACGGGGUCGACAUAAGCACAAGAAUGAGCAAAAGGCCAUAACCCAAUCAUAGGCCACUUUGAACCAGACCUCAUGCAAACAUAUCAAAAGCAAUAUGGCAGACCCUUCAUCCGCCAUCUUGUUUAUCAUCGGGUUGAGGAGAGCUGGUAUCGAGAAUUGAGUCAAAUAGGCCAUUCUGCGCGUGCACAUGUCUUUAUUCUUAUGCUUAUGCACUAGUGAAAACCAGGCUUAAGUGGCUUUAAUAAAUUGUGUUAAAGAUAUUACUAAACUUUAUCAAAUUUGCAGUGCCAGAAAAGGUUUUGAAAUGUGCUACUUGUCAACACUGUAAACCAUAUGCACGUGGUGAACAAGCUUCCUGAUCACUAAUGUAGGCAGCAUUUUAAUGCCUGUGUACAUGACAUCGUAAUAUUUAUUAUGGAUAAAAAGUGAACAUUAUUCUCAUCAUAACGCUCGCUAGAAUGCCAAGCUCAUGUGGAUGCCUUUUCUUUAAGUGGUGAGGUAGAUUAAUGUCUGGGCUUUUCACACACCUGAAGGUGUUGCAUUUCAUGCUUAUGUGUGUUGUAAACACCAGAGACAUACUCACUGAAAAAAAUGUCCUAAUAGUUUUAACAUUAUUUGCUUAUAAUGGCUGAAAUUCUUCAUUGUUUCUGUUUUUAUUCUUUUGCCAACAGAUUUGUGGGAUACUGAAGAGGCUGGAGUGGAAAGUGUUUUGAAUAAACACGUCGAAGGAAGCAAGGAUGUUGUACUUGAUAAAAGAAGUUUAACAAGAGUAGAUGCAAAAGAGCUGAUGAACGAAGUGUCUGAUCAAGGAAAGUCAGAACAAACUGAGGCGGCUAAAAAAAUUCCCACAGCUGUGGAAAAACAGGAGAAAAUUGAUGACAUGACUGCAUUGAACAAAGAUACAAGCGAAGAAACCAGAGAAGGAGACAAAUUGGAGUUGAAGGAGAAUAAGGAAACUCUACAAGAAGAUGCCACUGAAUUGUCGGUAUCUAAAAGAACUGAGCAAAUGCUACUGUCUCAAGAAACUAAACCAGAGAUCACUAAUGUGCAACAAAAAGAUCCUCCCACGUCUGAGGUAUCAAACUUACAAACAGCAGAUAAACCAAGUGAUGCAACAACAAGUCAUGAACUUCAAACAGCAACUCAUAAACGGGACAACUCAAGCGGCUCUGUUGACAGCUCCUGGUCCAAGCUUAGUGAGGCCAAUAGUGAUAAAGAAGGUAUGAAGUAGUACACAGUAUUAAAUUUAUCAAACAGAAAAAGCUAUAUUGUUUCAGCACAAGAAGCUUUCUGAAGAAAUUAGGGACAGGCUUGGUAAAAUAAUAAUUUCCUUUUUAAACUUUUGGGCUUUGUUGGAGUGUCUCAUUAUUUAUUAUUGAUCAAUGAGAAUUCUAAGCAGUUAUGGUGAUUUUAAAUAAUCGCACCUUCCGAAUUAAUUGCCCCAGUGGAGAACCCCUGAACUUAUAUUUGUUAAUAGUAACUGAGAGUUUGAGAAGCUUUGGAAUAGGUUUGUAGACAAAAAGGCGAUGGAAAGACUCACAGUAAUCAAGUAACUGUUACAAGUCGAUGUUUCAGUCUGUUAUACUGGGAUCAAUUUGAUAAAACGUUUACAAGUGUAAUUUUUUCCUGUUAGAGAAAAAAAGCUGUACUUUUAAUUUACACUUCGAACAGUUUUAUUAAAUUGAACCCUGAUGUUUUGUCGCUUGAGCCCUAUUUACUGUAUAUAACAGUUGACAACCUUCCUUCACCUUUCCAGGUAGCUGCAGUAGAGAAAGAAUCACAGGGUCUGGACACAGCUCCAGUUCGUCCAGUGGGGUACUGGUACCUAGUGUGGAUGACAAAGAUGUGGACUGGGAUGAGGAUCUGGAUUUAGAUGCUGAUGACAUGUCUGAAGAGGAAGUAAAACGAAUCAUGGAGAACAUGGCUGCAAAUAAACAAGAAACAGGAAAUCAGGAAGAUGCAGAUGUAGAUGUGAGUUAUUUUUAAUUCUUACUCUGUUAGCAUUGUGAUCCAAGCUUAUUCCUUUUUUCAUGCUUAAAGAACGAGAGUUGUAGAUGCGGCGAACCGGAUCUGAUACAUUUCUUUGGGGCCAACUGCGUAUAACCUAAAGUCAGACGUAACUACUAACGUCAUUACGUUACGAUAAAGAGUUUGACUGGCCUGAAAGUCAGACGUUAGUGGUUACAUUCAACGUUAAUACUCAGUAUGCGGCUGGCCCUUGAUGUUUGGCCAUAAAACAGUGGACUGCAAAACAAGCUCCCCUCUGGGCCAAGACGCCACGAUCUUUUGUCCAUAUAUCUGUUAUUUACCAGUAUUAUAGUAGUUCUAAGUAAGCCAAAGCCCAUUUCUGAAAUCCUCCAAGAUUCACUCAAAACAAGGGUAAGCAAGAGCGAAGGCGUUGAAGAUUUGUUUCCUGAAAAAAAAAAAAAAAGAAAUGGGAAAAACAUGUUAUUUUCAUAUGAAAUAGCUAAAGAAAUUAAUCUGGCCAAUGUUCAAAAUUCAAGCAAGGAAGACGCGGCAAAACGCGUGCCAUCGUAUCAUGCGCUUUAACACUUGAUUGGUUGAAAGUGUAGCGAACGAUUCUGCAGCAAAUGGUGUACUUUGAUUAGCCAUUUUUGAGUUGCCCCAAGCCUCUUCUUUAACCCUUCAAGCCCCAAUAUCCACAUACAAAUUCUCCAAACUGAUCUCCAUACAUUUCCUUUAAGAAUUAGUUGAGAGAAUUUGAUGGCAGAUCAAAGUAUUUUCUCUUUAGUGAUUAUUUCAUAAAUUCUCAUAACCUAGUCUCUUGACGAGGUAUGAAUAUUGUUGGGAGAAAAUUGAUGUUGGUUACCGUUGGGACUUAAAGGGUUAAAGCAGGGCUAAGUGCGAAACCAUUGAUUUGAAAAUGAUUUUUAUUCUCAUGAAAAUUCAUUAUCGCAAGAAAGGUUUUGCACUUGGACCCACUAAGUUUUGAAAGUGAGGGGCUUUGGAACUUGGAAAUAGCCCAUUGUGUAUGAUGCUGUGAAGCGUCAUGUGUAGAGACAGAUAUAGUGAUUGAUGUUGUUUAAUCAACAGGACGAUGAUUGGGAGAACUGGGACUGAUGGACUAGAGUUGCCGCGAAACAAGCUCUUAAUUCACGAUGUUUUAUCGAUUCCACUCGCAAGUGAUGCGAGUUAAAAAUUUAAGAAAGCAUUCAAUACCUACUUUGUCAUAAUACUGGAAAACAAAGAGUACCACAGGAUUUUAUGGCCACAAAAUUUGGCCGGAUUUUCCAGUGUAAAAUUGCAUUUUGGUGGGGAAAAAAACUGAUCUAGCGUCAGGGAAAUUAUGAACCCCCUGCAAGAGAAGGGCAGUCUGUUCAGUGUGUUGUUGGUUAUCUUACAAAACCAUUUGUAGUUUUCGCCGCUUCGAAUUUAAACGGUUACUUUUCUUUCCUUUUGAACCAUGGUUUCUUAUUGGAAUUUGCCCCAGCGUCGGUUCAGAUCAUUUUUUGUGCGUAAAUUGUUUAUGCUUUAGAAAGACUUUUGCGGUCCGUCCGGGGGCGAUAAAUGGUUGAGUUUCAUCCUUGGUUUAAACUUUAUUUUCCUUU